GGUUCUGAACCCCCGGUUUUCACAGUCUCUCAUUUAACGACGAACGCGUUCGCGUCUGCUGCUGCUGCUGCUGCUGCUGCUGACGGUGGACGAAGACUCUCCUCUCUCUCUCUCUCGGUCUGUCCUCGAUGUAUUUUCAUUGAAAUCAUCCAGAGUUAACGCGCGUGUGUUUUUUCAUUUUAUUCUGGUUAAAUAAGAAAGAAAAAGAGUGUGUGAGAGAGAGAGGGAGAGAAAAUAAAUACUCGGUGUGACAUAACACGAUCAAGAAUAUUGGGAUUGUCGUGGACCUAACCCUAAUAGGCCUAUUUUGUAAUCUGAUAUUCUUGGAUAUCAGGGGGAAAGAAAUAGUGUGGCAGUUCAACGACGUACAGUUUUAUUCAACGUUAUUCAUUAAAACGAUUGUUCGAGUUUUGUUUAAAUGGUGACACAUGGUACAUGGUUUAUUAGGAUAAGGAUGAUUACGUCUUGUGGUGCCUUCGGUGAAUAAGAUACGUUUUCCUGUUCUCUCUCUCUCUCUCUUCCUAUCUCUUUCUUUCUUUCUUUCCGUCUCUCAGUCUGUCUCUCUCUUUUAUCCUUGAAGCGUUACCGAAUAAGAUUCACGAAUGGACGAGCCGGGAGCGUUUAAUCCCUUGCCUCUCGUUUGCAUAAUUAGCCGCGGUACUGCGCUGCGGGCUCCCUCGAGGUAGAGUGGAGGUUAUCCCGUAAACUUUGACCGCCAAGAUUUUACCAAGAAUUGUGGGGAAGAAAGGAUAGAUAGGAAACUUGGAAGCCUUCUCGUGAGAAGAACACAGUAUUUAUAUAUCAUCCCGAAGAGUCCUUUAAGAGUGACGGGGAACAAAGACGGGAAGAUAAAGAUAGAUAGAUAGAGAAAGAAAGAAAGAAAGAAAGAAAGAAAGAAAGAAAGGAGGAUGAUAAAAAUGGACUCUGUCGUAUUGUGCUGAUCGUUAAAGUAGAAAGACCUCGUGUUAGAGGUUGAACGUUUAAGUGGGUUUUCACAGUGUUAACAAUUUUGUUUAAGUUUAUGUGAGAGGGACAGAAUAAAAAGGGACAAAAAGGAAAAAAGAAAACAAUAACAACAACAAGCAGAUUAUUCAUCAGGAUGCCGAGGGGUUCAUUGUUAAUACUUUUAAUAAUGAUGUCAGCGACAACGAGAUUAGUUAGUCCAGACAAAUGUGCCGAGGAGUGUACCUGCAAAUGGAAAAACGGUAAACGUACGGUUGAAUGUAUAAACCGUGAUUUAACUAGUAUACCAGAACGGAUCGAUCCGGAGACACAAGUGUUGGACAUGAGCGGGAACCAUGUAAGAAGCUUGCCGAGUAACAUCUUCGUACGUGUACGCCUGACGAAUCUCCAGCGUCUCUAUCUACGCGAGUGUCGUAUCGACCGAAUCGACUCGGAGGCUUUGACCGGCCUGACGAACUUGGUCGAGCUCGAUCUAAGCAAUAAUUUGUUAUCAGGGGUGCCAAGUGCCAGUUUUUCGAACACUCCCUUUUUACGUGACCUAGUGUUAGCGUAUAAUCAUUUGGAAAGGAUUCAUUCUUUAGCAUUUAAGAAUACACCUAAUUUGGUUAAACUUGAUUUAUCUCAUACGAAGUUGAUUGAAAUCGAGGCCAAAGGAUUUCGCGGUUUGGAAUCAUUGGAAAGUUUGAAAUUGAACAACAACGAAUUGGCCACGUUACAUCCCGGUACGUUUGAUCCAUUAAACAAACUAACCAGCAUCGAGUUACACGACAAUCCAUGGAUUUGCGAUUGUCGUUUGAGAGAAAUGAAGAUGUGGCUAGUUAAACAUAAUUUACCAACAUUGGUGGCACCCAUUUGUCACGGGCCUGAACAAUUGGUGGACAGAGUCUUUACCGAUCUGGUGAUCGAUGAUUUUGCCUGUCGUCCGGUACUUUUGAUAGCCAGUCAUUACGCCGAGGCUACGAUCGGUGAGAACGCAAGUAUAGUGUGUAGAGUCAGUGCUAUACCACCUGCUAAAGUUAAAUGGUAUUGGAACGGACGAUUGUUGACCAAUCAUUCGGCGUUUAGUAGCUAUCAAAAGGUUUUGAUCUUUGAGGAAGGACAAUUUCGUAAGAGGAGUACAUUGGUACUGACCAACGCACAGGAAGCUGACUCAAGUGAAUUUUAUUGCGUCGCGGAAAAUCGUGCUGGCAGCGUUGAAGCCAAUUUCACGUUACACGUAUCAUUAAGAACGGCUGGCAUGUCGACUUUAGGAUCGGGACAGAUAGCUGGUAUAUCAGCAGCAUUGGUAGGCCUGAUACUCUUCAUCCUCUUAAUAAUCUUAGUAUUAUUCAUUCGUCUUAGAAGAAUGCCAUUGAAAGACGUUAAAUCUCAGACACCUGUCGAAACGGUGUCAGGUGAGGGUAACGGUGAAAUGAUCAAUUCAACGGAAAAUCCUUCAACAACCUCAUCCUUGGCACGAAGAAAACGUGAAGAAAUCGAGACAACGUCUUUCGGAAUCGAUACGAAACCACCGGUAUCCUUGAACCUAAGUUACGUUCAAAGACCACAAACUGCCCUGGUCCAGAAUGAAAGUGACUAUAGUACAUUAACGAGAUACGACGAUCGUCAAGGUGGUGUUGGUGGUUGUGGUGUUGGUGUAGUAGGUAGUGGUGGUAGUGGUAGUGGUGGUGGUGGUUUAAUAGUAGGUGGUGGUGGUAGAUCCUCGUUGAUAGUAGCACCAGGUGGUGGAUGUUUUUCAUCAACUACGUCCUUGAUGCCCAUCGAUAAUCCUGAUUUGAUUAGAGACACUAGACGUGGCUCGACGGAAGAUUUAACCCCUUAUGGUGUUGCUGGUGGUGGUGCUGGUGAUUACGUUGGUAGUGGUGUUGGUCGUAUGGAAUUAGUAGACGACGGUAAAAUAUUAUAUUCCAGUUGUCUAUGGGAUAGCAAUAAUUCAACGAGAGACAACACCACAACCACCACCACCACAAUAACAAGUAACAACAGUUGUAGGGAUGGUUGUAGAGAUAAUUGCAGAGGUACAUCGUUACAAGUAAACUCUUAUACUACCUCAUCCAAGGAAACAUUAGCCGUUGUAGCACCAACGCUAGAACAAUUUCCACCUGGUGCUAAACAAAUGCGAGUAUGGCAAAAGGGUGUACCUGUAUUACCACCUGUAUCCGCCCUAAAACGCGUAUUAGGAUCCACACGUAGCUCACCUGACGAGGGCUACCAGGAAGGCACCGGAACCGAUGUCUAGGUACCGCUACUUCAUUACUGCGACCCAAGGCAUCGUUAUUUGGAAUUACGUAGACGCCAUCAGGAGGAUGACACCGACUGCUGAUUUAUUCUGUUCGUUUCAGAUUUUGUUCUUUCGAUCUUUUUUAUUUUCUUCUUAUUCUUAUUCCUCUAUUCUUUAUCCGGGAUCGAUCCUUAUCUACAUUGGUGGUUGUUAUAUGCUGGACAGUUCGCAGUAGUGAAAAAUAAUAACAAAUAUAUAUAUAUAUAUAUAUAUAUACGUAAAAGAUUAUUCCAUUAAAGAAAUCUCGGUAUGUGACAAGAAUUAAUGUAUCGUACAUUGACUCAGGGUUGUUUGUUCGGAUAAACGAGUGAAAACUUUAUCCAUGAUGUCCGACGAAUCUCUCUGACAAAUAUCACAGUGCUCCUCGUGUGUAUGUGUAUAAACAUUCUAAAUGAUAAAUAAUUUAUUGGAUAAAUCGUGAUGAGUUUUUGGUUGGU